AUGGACGUCUAUUCGUUUCCGCCGCAGCCAGCCAACUUCGAUGCUGUGGGCAAAUUUUUCAUUGCCUUCUGCGCAACAUGGACGACCCUUGUUUUUGCUGGCAUAGGGGUCCUAUGCGUAUUCCACUACGAACCGAUUAUCAAGAUCCGGUGCCUUCCUCUGUCGCUUGCUAGUAUACUCAUGCUGCACGCGUAUUGGGUUCUCGCGCAGGUUGUGUAUCCAGUUGGCAUGACCAUGCCCCUGCCCCUCGCGUAUUCCAUUCAAUAUUUCUUCAUGGGCAUCUGGUUUCCUUUGGGUAUCGCCCUAUUCCACGCUUCCAACAGUCGUUUCUUGCACAUUGCAAAGCUGCAGAAGCAGUUCACCCAUCCCGCGCUCCGAGCCAGAGCGGGCUGCAAUGGAGCUUCGACAUCCUGGCUCUGCCGCUUCCGUAACCUGUCUUAUCCCACCCGUAUCUUGAUAUACAUCGGGAUUGGCAUGGUAGUCCAAGUUCUCCUUACCGUUGGCAUGUGGCUUGCGUGCCUCAAGUAUCACCCCACAUUCGGUAUUCCGGGUACUGGCCUUAGCGGUCCGUUCCAGCAACAACUGGUUGAACUUGGUCGUGGGUGGGAGUGGUGGCCUUCCGUUCUGUGGCAGGUUAUCUGGACAUGGAUCGUUGCACCAAUUCUUAUAUACAAAUCCUGGAAUCUCCGGGACACUUUUGGCUGGCGUCUUCAGACCAUCGGGUGCUGCAUUUCGAGUCUCCAUGCCACACCAAUGUUCCUGAUCGCUUCGUACUCCCCAGCAUUUUCGGCCAUCAAUGCGUACUACCCCCCAAGUCAAUGGAUCCACCUCUCUGUCUUCGUGUUUGAGAUCUUUACGGUUUUCGUUCCUUGCUGGCAGGUUUUCAAAGUUCGACGCUUGCGCCAGAGGGCCAUCUUGUCGAACGCCAAGUGGGACACUGUAUCACAGGCAACGACGCUGACGACAUCGACCUCGCCGGACUGGAGAUCGGUAUCCCGUGCUGAAAAGGGCCAAAUCGACGAGGUCGCCGAGGAAGUCGGCAGCGACCGGUUGUUGACGAUGGGGGCCCUCGACCAUGUGCUCAACGACAACCCCCAGCCGCUGCAGGAGUUCUCCGCCCUGCGAGACUUUUCGGGAGAGAACAUUGCUUUCCUAACCCGUGCUAUGAGAUGGAAAGCAUCGUGGCCUUCAAAGCUCGAUGAGGACGAGACACGUGAUCUGUUCACCCGUGCUCUGGAGAUCUACACGGACUUUGUGAGCCCACGGGACGCCGAGUUCCCCAUCAACGUUUCAUCAAAUGACUUGAAGAACCUCGAGUCCGUCUUCGAGACACCAGCUCGCAUCAUGUGCGGCGAAGCACGCUCCAACACGGCCGUUCCAUUUGACACUGACGAGCACCCUCUCCGUAACGUUUCGUCGUCGGAGGGUGAAUCGCAACCAGGCAGGAUGGAGCUUGGGGAUGUUUCUGGCAGAAUUCAGUUCACGGGACAUAUCUCCAGUGACUUCAGUGUUGACGUGUUUGACAACGCUGUCCAGAGCAUCAAGUACCUGGUGUUGACGAAUACCUGGCCCAAGUAUGUCGAGUCCCAACGACGCCGGUCAGCAGAGAGUGUGCGCACACAGAGUACUGCAUAUACGGCCAUUUCGCACUCCACACUUGUCACCAAAGUGUCGAGCAUCAUUAAAUCGAUUCUCUGA